AUGGGGGCAGACGAAGUCUCGAAGCUAGCGUCGUUAGAGAAAGGGGAGAUUAGCAUGGAUUUGGUGAUGGAAGUCCAGAAACACCCCAACAUUGAAGAGGUCCCAACAUUUACCAUCCAGAGCGCAAACAGCUGGAUGACACCCAUAAUGUCUUUCCUCCAGGACGAGCACCUCCCUCAAAACACAGAAGAAGCUAAAAGGAUCAAGAAGAGGGCGGCCAGGUUCACGAUCCUUAAUGACGCCUUAUACAAGAGAGGCUUCUCCAUGCCUUACUUGAAGUGUGUCAACGUAGAAGAAGCUAGAUACAUACUGGAAGAAAUCCAUGGAGGAGUUUGUGGCGACCACGCCGACCCCAGAUCCCUGGUAAACAAGGUAAUACGAACAGGUUAUUUUUGGCCGACUAUGCAGGUGGACGUUGUUGAAAUCGUCAAGAGGUUUGGGAUUCCCUUGACUAUUAUAUCAGAUAAUGGGAGGCAGUUCAACAGCCAAGGUUUCAAAGACUUCUGUUCAAACCUUGGAAUCAAGAAUCAGUUCUCGUCCCCGAGGCAUCCCCAGGCAAACGGACAAACGGAAGUAACAAAUCAGACGCUGCUCAAGAUUAUCAAAACCAAGCUGGGCAAUGUGAAGGGUGCCUAG